CUCAGGGUUGCAGCAGAACAUCCCCCUUUCGUCUCCUCCCCUUCAUCGUUUCUCUGUUUUUUAACAAAAACCCUCACGCUUCAUCCAUUUUCACUUCCAUUCUUCCCAUUUUUUUCCGAACUGUAGUUGUUUAUUCUGCGGCCAGUUGCAUGCAUUGUUCGUCUCCCAAAAUGGUUUGCGAGACUAAAAUUGUUGCGGACGAGCACGAUGCUAUACCUGGGACCAAAAAAGAGUCGAUCAUGUGGAGCUCUCCUCCGUCCAGCGCGGCUCUGAACCCGGCUGAGGCUAAGGAUGUGAGGAAAGAUGCGGUUUUUAUCCGUGAGUUCGAGCGCGGGGAUCAGGAGGAGGUGCGGCGCAUUUUUUACGAGGGCAUUAUGGAGAGGAUACCCAACACUGCAUUUAGGGGGCUCAGGCAGCAGCCGAAGACUCAGUUUUUAUAUGCUCUUCUGACAGUAAUGUGCUUUUACGUGACCAAAUCCGUCACGCUGACCUGCUGUGCGCCUCUCUUUCUCAUGGGUGCGCGCUACUACUACAGCAGGAAAGUUAUCCAGAGUUAUCUGGACUUUGCUCUGCACACGGACAUGGCUGACAUAGAGGCUUAUUACAUGACACCCACAGGCUCCUGUUUCUGGGUGGCAGUGCUCGAUGGACGUGUGGUGGGGAUCGUGGCGGCGCAAGGUCGUGAGGAUGACAACACGGUCGAGUUGCGGCGCAUGUCGGUGGACUCCCACUACCGCGGCAAAGGCAUCGCAAAGGCCCUGGGUCGUCGUGUUUUGGAGUUCGCUGUGCGUAACAACUACGCCGCCGUGGUCCUCGGCACGACGGCUGUCAAGUUGGCCGCCCACAAGCUGUAUGAGUCGCUGGGCUUCCGCCGAACGGGCCAGAGCGAGGAUUACAGGCUCCCCGGCAUGAGCCGCUCGCCGCUGGAGAGGCUCUUCUUCCAGAUCCGCUACAGCCGCUACCGCCUGCAGCUCCGCGAGGAGUGAGAGGUGACAGAGAGAGGGAGAGAGAGAUGGAGAUGGAGAGAGAGAGGGACAGAGAGAGAGAGCAACGACCCUCCUUCACCUGAGAGCCCCCGACCGCAUCCUCUCCUCUUGACAGCUUUUAUUUAUUUUGUGUCAUUAGUGAUAACUUCGAGUACUUAACACUUCGACUACUUCACCUUUAAAGUCACUAACGUUUUCAUCACUAUUAUGAUUUUGUUGCUGUUGUUUUUGUGUUAUACAUUUAUAAAUAAGAGUUUGUUUCUUUUAUCUUGAUUUUCUUAGCUAUUUUUUGGUACCUUACCCCUCCCCUUUCAUUGUGGGAGAAAAUUAAAUCAGCUUUUAAAGACACCAUCUUACUGACACCCUGACUAGGUACCCUCUCGAGCCCCUUUGGUUUUAUAUUCAUUCGACUCUGAUCAAUACUCCCCUUCAUUACUUCUCCCCAGCACCCUUUUUGACCCUCCCCCAUUACCUCAAGCCUGACCCUCCCAUUUUCCUAAAUCCCUCACAAAAAUUCAACAGCCAGGUUUAGUCGCAGUGAAAGGAGACAUCAUUUUUCAGCAGGGGUGAAUAGGACGGAGCAAUGGACAGGUCAGGAGGCCCAAAUAUGGCUUCCGGGUGAGCAACACGAACAAAACCUGACUUUGAUGUUCACACUCUUUUCAGAAAAGCUCGUUAUUGCUUUCUGUGUAUGCAUCUUUGGCUGCUCACACAGAAAAACCAUGUCAUUUGGCUGUUUUCCAGUCUCUCAAGACACCAUAUUGAAGCACAGCAAGAGUGUGUUACUGACCCCCACAGUGUGAGAGAAGGAUGGCAGGAUGGUUACCGGAAAUGUGCUGUGUUUCCUGCAUCCUGAUGGAUUUGAAUCAACACAGCGCAUCUUCCUAAAACACCCUGUGCUCCUUCUUCCUCAUCAGAUCUCUCCUUCCUCUCUAUUGCCUCCUAUCCUCCGUUUAUCGCUGCUUUUUGCUCUCAAAUGCUGAGGAGAGGGUCCCUGAUUGGUUGAGGUGACAGGAGGGAGGAACUUUCUCGCUGACAGAUCCUGAGAAACAAUAUAGCUGCAUGUCAGAGCUUGUCUGUUUGUGUGUGACUGUUCAGAGUGUAUGUGUGAGUGUUGAGGCAGUGGUCCGACAUACGACCAGUCCAGACACAUGUACGAUGAACAACUAACCUUUUUUAAUUUGUGUGAAGGCGCACACUUUUCUUGCUAAAAGUUAAGUAUUAUCUUUCUAUGUGUACUUAAUAACUGUUUACUGAUUUAGGAAAGAUAAAUUAUAACAUUUUGAACAUGUUUACUAUUUGACUGACAAUUAGUAAUUUUAUAAACACAUAUUACCACAUUGUAAUAUGCAAAUUUUACUGUCAAAAGUAGGAAAAACACAAAAUAGCUGCACCUGACACUACAUAUACAAAAUCCAGGUUAUUGGGGAACAGCUUGGUAAAACAUAAAAGCAAUACCUGCAAACCAACAGUACAUAACUGAGCACAAAUAGUAACUAAUUAUUUAAACUAAUGUAUUGGCAUGAGUGUCCCCCCGUCCUUCAUGUAUUUAUAUUGUGUACACAGCGGAAAACUCAUGUAGCGAACAAACGUUUCUCCCAUAUCACCCCCUCUCCAUCUCCAUCCUUUGACCAUACAACCAGCAGUAGAUUCUGUCAUCCAUGAUUCUGAGCCUAAGUUGUGUCAUCAUGAAUCAUUCUUUGUAAAAGUUGAAGCAAAACACAAACAAAAAAAUCACAUAAAAUUUAAAAAAUGUAAAAAAAAAAAAGUGAAUACAAUUGUAAUCAUCAUGAAGUUAGCGAUGACCCUCCUCUGCCUUGCCAUUCUUUCCUCCCUGCAAAACUCUCCCAACCCCCCAUUCAUGAAUCUGUCUGCAACCCUGGGCUAGACCCCAAACCCUCCAUUUGAACCCUGCGCACCCUCAACUGAGCUUUGACCUUCCCUUUCCCAGGCUGCACCCAUUCCCCCACCCAUCUCUGCAUGCGCCGCAGAGCCUUGCUGCACUGCUUUUAUUAUUCCAUUUAAAGCUUGUUGGACCAACCCCAAACCCUACCCUGAUGUCAUCCAGGCAGCUUUGAAAAGUGCUGGUUUGAGUUAGACGACAUGCUCUUGUAUGCAGAUGAUGAGUGUAUUUGUGUAAGCUUACCUGCCUGGAUGGCAUCAUGCCUGCCAGCAAACCAACUGUAGAAUGCAAAAAGCAAUGCAAGUGUGGCAUGCCUCUGUACCCGGUGUGUGUACGGUGCCUGCCCUGGAAAAGUGUAGAAAACAAUUUAUAAAUAUAAUAUAUAAAUAUAUAUAUAUUAUAAAAAGAAAAUAAGCUUCUGUUUAUAGAUGAACAUAUUAAAGAAAUGUGUGUUUCUUUAUAUGGAAAAAAGAAAACUUGUACCAUUUGCAUGAAAUGUGACUUUGAAUGCAAAUAUAACUUUUAGGGGAGAAACUCCUAGCACAUGGCAUACAGUGGAACCAUAGACUUGUAAUUUUAUAUUUCUUUUAUUAUUUUAUAUUUCUUUUGUUAUUUUAAUCCUCUGGAGUCAAGACAAAGUGUGAACCUGACACGAGCCAGUGCUCCUCAAUCUUUGCAAACUCUCAUUGAGAUGAAAAGCUUUGCCAAAUUUUAAAAAGUUCAAUGCUAUUUGGAUUCAUCGAUCAUUGGCUGGUGGAGUUAGUUUCUUUCUUUUCAGUAAGAAUGAGGCCUUCUUCUAUUAAACCAGCUUGGGGAAAGGUUCCCAAAACCUUGAAGAUCAUCAAUGGGCAUUUGACAAAUCACACGAUAAAAAAAACAUUUCUGUGUAGUGCAGAGUGCAAAAAUAAACAAUCUUAUUUUCACUAAAUGCCAAGUUUAUUAUAUGCAGAUAAAGGAUACAAAUUGUUACUGUCCAAUGGUUAGACUUUUAUUAAGGCUUCAGUGAUAUUAGCAGUGUUGUCAAACAGCCAGUGUCAGAAUAAAGCAACAAUCACCUAUUAUUUUGCAUUUAACUCCAGAUAACAAUUUCUACAUUAACUUAGUACAAAAAGUUAGUACAUUUGUGUUUGAUAUAUUAUUUCUUUAUUAUAACAACGCUUCUUUACAUCUUAUACCAUUGGAAAGCUUGUUUAUUUCACUUUUAAAUGGUACCACAUUUGUAGGGAGCAUGUAUUUGUGGGAUGAGCAGCAGAGCUGAGUAUGUGGGUUGCACCCAUGAAACAUUUGCCAAAUUUCUCUGCAAUGCCAAACAGCUUAUACUGCCAUUGACUCUUUUUUGGUGGAUUGGAUGAUUUGAGUCUGAAGAAACAAGACAUAUUGGCAAUUUAAUAGUUUAUUCAUCAAACAAACAGGAGCCUCAGUGUGGAAAGACCACAAACAGCCACAACAGCCUGGCACCUCCUCCUCAUACUGGUCACCAGCCUGGUCACACAAUGCUGUGGGAUGACAUCCUAUUCUUCAACCAGCAUUUGUCACAAGUCAGCCAGUGAGGUUGUGUUGGUCUCUCUGGCAUGAACAGCACACCCAAGCUGAUCCCAGAAGUGUUCAGUGGGGUUGAGGUCAGGACUGCUGGCAGGCCAUUCCAUCCUUUCCACUCCCAGGUUCUGGAGGUAGGCUCUGAUAAACCCCGCUCUGUGGGGGUGUCAUCUUGGAGGAUAGAGUCCAGUCCCAGACUGUAGAGAUAUAGGAUUACUGCUGGUCGCAGAAUGUCAUCUCGAUAUCUCUCUGCAUUGAGAUUGUGGAAUAAUGCCCCUAGAGGUACCAGAAUUUCUAAACAAGACUCAGUAACAACAGCAAAAUGAACUGUUUGGCACUGGUAGAAAAGAUCUGGCACAUUUUUCUAUGGGCGCAAACCACAUACUCAGCUCUGCUGCUCAUUCCACAAAUGUGUGAUCCUUACAAAUGUGGCACUAUUUAUAAGGGACAUAAACGUCUUUAAAACAGUAUAAGAUUUAUUGCCAAGAAGCACUGUUACAACAAGGAAAUAAUCUACCAAACACAAAUUUCCUCACGUUUUGUGUUAAGUUUAGAUUUAUUUAAAGGUAUACGCUACAUAAGCUGAUGCAGCAAUUGGAAUACCAAACAUUGAUAUGAGUAGGAUUUUAGAUCCUCAGGUUUGACUUUUUGUAGGCUACCAGCUUGUCUUUUGGACCAAACGUAUCCACAUUUGGGCCAUAAAUAAAGUAGUGUCAGGAUGCCAAAUUUGACUACAACUUUAUGUUUUUUCAUUUAAGGAGGUACAUACCAAAGGCUGUAUUUAAUAAGUUGAUUUAGCCACAUUGGAGUCAUCCAUUGCUUUGAACAUAUUGCCAACUUAUUCAUGGAACCAAAAGAGAUCAUAUUUAGGUGAUUGGUCUCUUGAAUACUUCACAGUGCCAAUCACAAGUAGCCAUGGCCCAAAGUGAAGCCAAGAUUACCUUUGAAUUUACACUAAAUGGGACCAUCAUAUACAAAAUUAACCUUGAAGAAGACUGAAAUCUAUCAACAAAGGCAAAAUGUUAAUGAAGUUAAAAAGAAGCCAAAGUUGAGAUGCCUUUUAAAAAAGCAUUGGCUUCACAUUUGAAACUAAAAGGAUACGUCCACUUCUUUUACACAGUCUAUAGUAUAACCUCACGAUGGAAAAAGUUGACAAAAGACGUAAGAUGCCAGUUUAGGUCAGGUUCAAAGGUACGUACCUCCACCUUGAACCUUUUUGUUACACCAUGUCCAAGGAGGUUUAUCUCCUAAUGAGUUUUUUUGUCUUUUAAUUUAAUGGUACGCAAUUUUCUCUAUAAAAAAAUCACAUGUAAAAGCAAGACACAAAUGCACUACAAACAUCACAGUAUUUUACAAGAGAAAGAAGAUAAGAAAUGCAUCAGAUAUUUUUUGGGAGCGAGGGGGAGGAUGUUUCUUGACUUUUUGAUGCAUCUGCUUUGAACUUUGAGAGUCAAAAAAGGGCCUGAUUAUAUUUGCACCAUACACCACUGACAUACAGAAACUAUAAACCAUCUUUUAAAACUUGAUGCUGCAGUUAUGAAAUAUAGCUGUCAGUGUAAUUGAAGCUUUAGAUGUCUUCACAAAACAGCAGAGAAACAUUUGGAGUAUUUCAGGAUGUAAAUCAGUAUGUGAAGGUUCUCCCUGUAUAAUUCUAUCAGACCUGGGUGAGGUGUGACGGGGAGUGGGGUUGUAAAAAUAACCGCUGGUCUGGGGCUUGUGUACGAAUGUGAAGUCUGUCAAUUCUGAGCCAUUUCUACUGCUGCCAAUGUUAGUUUGUUGCCAGAUGAAAUUUAAGACACCCCUUUUUUGUUUGUUUUCCUUUUAGGGGGAGAAUUAAGUGUCAGUAAAAGAACAUAACCUGAACAAUAUCAUUCAAAACGCCUUCGCUAAGGCCUUAUGCACUGGAAACAAGCGCUGGAGUUCAAAUAUCUUGUGGACUGCAUGGCUGCGGGUAGCUAAAGAGUGAUUUUGAAUUGUAAAGAUGAAGUGCACUGACUUAAAUGCAUUUAUUUCUAGUCUGAGCAAUGUCUGUUUUCUACUUCAUGUGAAUGCUAUGCCCUGUACUCUCACCUCCCACUGAAACUGGUGACGCAUACUUCAUGUUAGAAUGUAGUAAUUAAACCGUAUGCAACUUCUACCAGAGUGUAAAUGAAACCUUUCCUUUCCUUGGAAAUGUUCUGCCGAUGUACAAUCCAAAAAAAAAAAAAAAAAAAAAAAAAAAAGAAGACUCUUUCAUUUGUUUUUCUGUGAUUUGCUUGAGUGUGAGUGUGCUGUCCUGUUGGUUGAGGUUUGAGAAGGUAUGCUGCAUAGAGGCCUCUAAAGACGGAGGAGGCUCUUUUAGUUGAGAGUGCUUUACAACCCAAAAAUGAUCAUCUGAUGCCCGAGCGGAGGCUGCAGAAAGCCAAAGCUUCAACUUCAGCUCAAGUUUAAUGUGGAAUUUCUUGAGGUUAAACUAGCCAAAUGGUUAAAAUGUCAUAAUCAGUAUUUCAUUCAGUUUAUUGGUGUUGAAAUCGCACAAAUGUACAGAUCCUGUGGGUGUGCUGUGUUACUCUGAUGGUGUGCGAACACUCACAGGCAUGAAUGUAAACUGCCAAGAUUUAUGGUCUUAGAAAGAUUUUGUUUUAAAUCUUUCCUGUUUGCUUGUUUUACUUUGUGAAUGAGACAGUCGAUAAGGAGGUUAAAAAAUGGCUUUUUGUUCUUUAAUUAAGCAACUUAACCACUACAUUAGCUGUUAGACAUGUUGUGUGAUUGUAAAUAGCUAUACAUAUUGUUACUAUAUGAUUUUACUGCAACCUGUCAUCUUUGCUGGAUUUAACCAACCCGCUGGAGUUCAUUUUUUGUCUCAGAAGAUGGCUGUC